UCUAUUGACAAUUUUGUCAAAACAAAGUCAGCGGUUCGGAAGUCUGAAGUGUUUGUUUGCGAGUCUUCUUUAUAAAUAUUUUCUUUAAAAUUUCAAUUAUUGUUACUUGUCUCAGUAUUUACAUUUUAACAUUAACUUGAUAGUGUACCAAAUUGUCGAAUGUGUGUUUAGUGUAAAAAGUGUUUUUAAAGUUACAAUGUCGUCAAGUGAACCCGACACUAGCGAGUUAUCAAACUCAGGCUCGCCGUUUUCUCAAGAGUCUUCAUAUUCACCUUAUUCUUAUAGCUCGCCUCAUAUUGACCCUUUAACAAAUGGAUUAACUGAUUUGACGUGCGACGAUGGUGUACAGGGGAACCAGCCAUACUUACGAAUAAUAGAACAGCCAACGGAUUAUUUCCGGUUCAGAUACAAGAGUGAAAUGUUGGGAACGCAUGGCUGCCUGCUCGGAAAGCAUUCCACGCCAGGCAAGAACAGGACGCAUCCAACUGUUGAGCUAUGCAACUACAAUGGCAGUGCAUUGAUAAGGUGCAGUUUAGCUCGGCACGACAGUCCCAACGAACACCCGCACAAGUUGACUGAAGAUGACCAAGACAGAGACAUUACUAGUGUUGUACCACAGCGGGGCAGUUACAAAGUGGCGUUCACGGGCAUGGGUAUUAUACAUACAGCGAAGAAAGAGAUCGCCCUACUUCUAUACAGCAAAUAUACACAACAGAAGAAUUCCGAUUUCAAUGAUCAUAAGCUACGUCUAAAAUGCGAGAACGAGUCGAAGAGCAUCAAUCUGAAUAUAGUACGGUUGAAGUUUACAGCGCAUGAUGUACAAACCGGCAAACUGAUAUGUGGCCCCGUGUUCUCCGAACCUAUUCAUAAUAUUAAAAGCGCAGCUACAAAUGAUUUAAAAAUAUGCCGUAGCAGUAGUUGUUACGGUAGCGCAAAUGGCGGGGAGGACGUUUUUAUCCUGGUCGAGAAAGUUAAUAAGAAGAAUAUAAUGGUCCGAUUCUUUGAAUUGGGCGAAAAUGGCGAACGCACUUGGACGGCGAACGCUAGCUUCGUGCAAAGUGAUGUACACCAUCAAUAUGCUAUAGUUUUCAGAACACCUCCAUACGUAGAUAAGAAGAUAACGUCGAACGUGAAGGUCUACUUCGAGCUCGUGAGACCUUCAGACGGGAAGACCAGCGAGCCCAGGGAGUAUACGUAUAAAGCGGAGUUUGUGAACAGACAGAAUAAGAAGCGGAAAGCUGAUAAUUCUUACUCGUCUAUUAAUAGCAAUUCAGGUGGAUCUGUGAAGAGUUACAGUGAUCUGCCAGUAACCUUGGACUUUUUUAAUCCCAUCCCGAAUAAAGUUGAAAAUAUGGAUGUCAGUGACAUACCACGUAUACCAAAUUAUACACCGCCAACACCGCCAAGCUCUGAUCCUAUGGCGGAUGCGUUACUACUAAACAUGGGCCAGUCCACCAAUACGCAAGCGUACACCAGCCCGAUGUUGGGCCAACCCCACGUGCCCGCGCCGCCAGUACUACAGUUCACGUCGUCAGAGAUGGAGCGGUUAUUGGAGCCCAAUACGAGUAUACCGAGCGAUGAGCGACGACGGUUCUGCUAUGAGACGGAUCUGAGUGAAUACUUCCAAUCGUUCAACGAAAAUCUCAAAUCUGAUCAUCCAAUGUCAUUUUUGAAGAAUUCGCUCUUGGUUGAGGAUUCCGGUGUCGUUGAGCCACAAGGACCAACAGAGUGUAAAAUUGAAAUAAAAAAAGAAGUACCGGAGGCUAAGCCUCACGAGGAUAUCAGAAUAAAGAGCGAAUACUCCGCCGUGUAUACCGCUGAAGAUGGUAUGGAGGUGAAACAGUUGGUGAAGGAGUUAUGUGAAUUAAUAAGGAAUAAAACUUUCUGUGAUAAGAAAAUAUUGACCGAAAAGUUAAUUCGACUGUUUGAUAUGCGACUGUCUAAUGGUGAUACAUUCCUCCACAUGACGCUAUGCAGCAACCAGCCGAGUCUGCAGUUCAUAGUGAAGCUGGUACACGAUGCGGGGCUGGUUGGUCUACUGAACUUGCAGAACCAUCAGAUGAGGACCAUCCUCCACUUGGCGGUUAUCAACGAUCAGGCCAGCUUGAUACCGUUUUUGGUCGCUAAAGGUUGCAACCCCAUGCUGGUAGACGAGGACGGCAACAACGUUAUACACUACGCAGUUAUUUGCGGGACUUGCCUCGAGCCGCUGUUGAAGGCUAUCAAGGAAAAUGAUGUCCCCUGUGAUAUAGAUGCUACUAAUUAUAAGAAACAAACGGCCCUGCACUUGAGCGCUAUAUACGGCAGCGAGUCCAGUGCCCGCUUGCUGCUGGGGCAUGGGGCGCAGCGGCUGCGGGACAGCGAGGGCCGCGCGCCGCUGCACCUCGCCGCGCGGGACGACUGCGUGCGCGUGCUGCGAGCGCUGCUCGAGCGCGCGGGACAGAGUGAAGUAGACGAAGUGGACGGCAGAGGGUACACAGCACUGCAAAUAGUUUGUGAAGAGCCGCUUCGACCGAAUACUUUGGAAAUCGCCAAAUUAUUGUUGGAGAAAAAAGCAGAUCCAGAAAAACACGAACCGCACACGCGUCCACCGUGGAAGCUUGCGCUGGAUAAGCCAGAAUUAUUGGAACUGCUCAAAAUGUACUCCAACGUACAUUUCGAUGAUCUGGACAUUAAAUCCGAGCCAGAGGACGAGUUUGAAUCCGCUGAUGAAGAAGAAAGCCCAGACCUUUCGGAAUUAUCCCACUACAUACACGAAGUAUCUUCGCUUCUCGAUACAAGCGGAGCGUGGCGCGAACUAGCGAAGCGAUUACAACGCGAUUCUCUAGUAUCGUGGUACGGGAGUACUGCUAGCCCUACUGCUACACUGUUGAAGCAUAUUAAGGAUUUGAAUGAUGACGUGACAUCAAAAUCACUUGCUCUCCUACUAGACGACAUGGGUGAAAGGGAAGCAGCUAAUAUUAUAAAGAGAUGUAUAAAUGACUUGUAGCUAUAACAUAUAGUUUAUAAUUAUUAUAAAUGGACGAAUCGAUAGCAUUUUUGUUAUUUAAAUUCAUACAAGAAAUGUUAUUUUCUCAUAUUCUUAGCUGAUGACUUUUACUAACCUCUUCCUUUUUAUGUAUUGUUUUUUUUUUUCUGUGCCAUAUGCCAUAAAAUUGGUUCUGAUUUCUGAUAACUCUAUUUUAUUUUGUCUUAAAUACUAUAUAAAUUGUUAUGAGUUAAUAAAUCUUUGUUUUCAGAAAGCACAUAGAAAUUAAAUUCAAUUUGAACAGUUUCGUCAGAUAUUAGAGAUCCACUUCAUUUUUUAUAAAAAAAACAUCCUCUAAAGAUUUCUGUAUUCUUUGGCUUUUUGAAAAUUAAUUUGCUGUAUGAAAUUACCAAUUUUACAUUAUAUCAAUUUAAUUUACUUAAUGUUUUGUAAUAAAUUACAAUAAAGACAAAAUUG